GACGAGCACACCCACCACUUUCUUUGAGGGCGCGUUGUGUGGGUGUGUCACCUGUCGGCGACAUGAAGGUCUCAACGCCACGGUUGGCGCUCAACCACCUUGCCCUCUCGUUGCUCCUAUUCUUUUCUCCAGCCUCCGCCGAUCCCGCACCCGUGACCGAUCUUACAACAACAGUUGCUGCAUCGUCCGCCGGCGACGGUGGACUGGGCUUGAGCUACGACGAGGGCCUCGCGAGCGUGAUCGUCCGCUUGACGGAAGCCGCGUACUGCACACCGCAGCUCGCGUCGUGGAGCUGCAAGGCCUGCCAGCACUUCCCGGGCAUGAGGAACGUCACCGUAAUCAACGGCGAAAAGCGCAACGUUCGGGGCUUUGUGGGAGUCGACAUCGGGGACGCCGAACCAUCAAACCGGUACACUUCAACUACGCGCGGACCCGGCCCUGACGAUCGACGACACCUCCGUGCUGCAGAGGGCGACGACAGGGACGCGGGCGGGGCUGCACAGUCCGGUAAAGCGCGCAUCGUGAUUACCUUUUCGGGGACGGACCCGAGCAGCGUCAAGAACUGGAUCGACGACCUGGAAGCUACUACCGUCCCCAACACGUACGGGGGGUUGUGCGAGCAGUGCCAAGUCCACCGAGGCUUUCUAGCGGCAUAUGAUCUGGUGAAAGACCAGGUCCGCUACGCGAUUGGGCAGCACAUGCAAUACAACCCGCACGUCCAGAUCCUCAUCACGGGCCACUCCUUAGGGGCGGCGCUGGCCGUGCUCUGCUUCUUGGACCUCCGGGUGAACAGGGGUCUCGGGCAGGGACCCAAUUCGUCGGUCUCCUUCGCACCUAUCUACCUCUUCGGCUCCCCGCGGGUCGGGAACGAAGCGUUCGCGACCUUGACGACCCGCCCGGGCGUUUCGAUCUUCCGGCUGGUGCACCACCGUGACCCGGUGCCGCACCUGCCGCUGGAGGCCUGGGGGUACCACCACCCGCCCACGGAGGUGUUCUACACCGAGGACCAGUCGAGCUACCAGGUCUGCAACAACAGCGGGGAGGACGACAAGUGCUCGAACCAAUUCUGGGCGAUUUUCGGCAAUAUUGAGGACCACCUGUGGUACCUGGUGGUGAAUUACAGCACGGCUUACAUGCAGUGCCAGCUCGACGGAGAAUCGCGAGCGGACAGAGAGACGGCGCCGGCGCUUGCUCCGCCGGCUGCGGUCGCCUAAGAACCGGGCCACAAGGGGUGUGAUGUUUGUUUUUUGACGGACGACGGCGUGACGAGAGCACCCGUACGAACGGAGAUGGGCGCAGGAGACCACAUCGUUAAUCUCACGGCAGAGGCAGGGGCCACUAUCUACCUGCGUGUAUUUGAACAGGCCGUCUUGCGUUCGACUCGCCCAGAGGGCUUAGGACCAAACGGAGGCGGAGGCUUGGGCAGCACGUAACGGACGCUGCGGUUGCGGCUGGGCUUCCGUCGCCUGCUGUGGCGACAGGGCCGUUGCUGUCGAGUACGGGCUAUGGUUACAGGUGUUCUUGGGACCAGGAGGUUGCAAGCUCUUUAUCCCGUCCUAAUGGAACCCGGAUUCUGCGCUCGUAGCGAUUGGUAGAUUGGGGGGGGGGCGGGGCCGGGGCCGGGGCGGGGGG